GCCAAUGUCAAAUCUGAGUGAAAUUACCAAAAUAUACUCGUGUGCACGUAGAAAAACAUCUCGCGCUCACUCUCUCAUGGUCUCGCUAUCGCUUUCUCUCUUGGUAUCGCUCUCACUCUCUCUAUUAUUUUUAUCAUUCACAAAUCACUACUCUCUCUAUGUCUCUCAGUUUCGGCCCCUUUUCUCUCUCUCUCGGUCUCUCUCUCUUGAUCUCGGUCUCGAUCUCUCACUUCUUUUCCUCACUCAAAAAAUCACUUUGCAUAAUCAUACCGUAACUAGGUCAUUUGUCAAGAAAACAAAGACAAUAUCAUAACUUUACAUAAUCAUGUCGUAGGUAAAGGGGCAUUUUGUAUUUUUUCAAAAAUUAGGUCACUUGUCAUUUUAAAUUCUUAAAAUAGGUUUUUAGGGUCAUUUUCCCUUUUGAAGGUUUAAAGUUUUUUACCAACGAAGAAGAAGAAAAAAACAAAAACAAAAACAAACAAAACAAACAAAACAAACAAAAAAAAAAAACUACAAAAUCAUGUUUGGCUUCGUCAGAACUUCUCGUACUCCACACCUCUCAGCACUCUGCACAUUUUGAUUCCCUCAAAGAUAUCGCCGCCGUACUCACUCUUCCGAUAACCCCAGCAUGGAUCCGAUGAGUAAACGGAUUCAUCUGGCGGCGUUGCCGUACCCCGGCAGAGGCCACAUCAACGCACUCAUGAAUCUCUGCAAGCUCCUCUCUCUCAAAAAUCCCAACAUUCUCAUCUCCUUCAUCGUCACCGACGAGUGGUUCACCUUCCUCGCCGCCGAUCCCAAACCCCAAAACAUCCAUUUCGCCACUUUCCCCAAUGUUAUCCCCUCUGAGCUCCGCCGGGCCGAUGACUUCCCUGGUUUCAUCCGAUCCAUCCAAACCCAUAUGGAAGCUCCCGUUGAGACUCUCCUCCGCCGCCUCGACCCACCGCCGACAGCCAUCCUCGCCGAUACCUUCCUCACUUGGGCUGUCCAGUUGGGGAAAUGCCUCAAUGUUCCGGUCGCUUCACUCUGGCCCAUGUCCGCUACGGUUUUCUCCAUUCUUUACCAUUUCGAUCUUCUCGAGGAAAAUGGGCAUUUCCCCGCCGAUCUCUCAGAGCGGGGAGAAGAGAUUGUCGAUUACUUCCCUGGAGUGUCGAAGAUCCGUCUUGCAGAUUUGCCGUCUUUCUUCUCUGGCAAUGGUCUCCAAAGUGUUGGAUUCGCUGUGAAAUCCGCCCGUUUCGUUGAUAAAUCCCAAUUUCUCAUCUCCACCUCCGUUUACGAGCUUGAAUCCUCUGUUAUCGACACCUUAAAGGAAAAAUUUCCCUUCCCGGUGUACACCAUCGGACCCAGUACACCAUAUUUCGAGCUAGAAAGCUCCGCCACAAACGACUAUCUCCGGUGGCUGGACUCCCAAGCAGAGGGCUCUGUUUUGUACGUGUCGCAGGGGAGUUAUCUUUCAGUCUCAAGUGCCCAAAUGGACGAGAUCGUUGCUGGUGUGAAAGCCAGCGGCGUUCGGUUCUUGUGGGUGGCGCGUGGAGAUGAUGAUCGGUUUAAGGACGUUGACAGAGAAACUGGGAUGGUGGUUGGAUGGUGCGAUCAAUUGAGGGUUCUGUGCCAUCGCGCCAUCGGGGGGUUUUGGACUCACGGCGGUUGGAAUUCGACUCUGGAAGGGGUUUUCGCCGGUGUUCCGAUGCUUGCUUGGCCGAUAUUUUGGGAUCAAUUCCCGAACAGUAAGAAGAUUGCAGAGGAUUGGAAAGUUGGGGUCCGAUUUAAAGCAGUUGGGGGUAGGGAUUUGGUGAGUAGAGUGGAAAUUGCGGAGUUUGUGAAGAGAUUUAUGAACUCAGAGAGCAUUGAAGGGAGGGAGAUGAGGAACAGAGUGUCGGAAUUACAAGAAAUUUGCCGGCGAGCGGUGGCGAAAGGUGGUUCCUCUGAUUCCAACAUUGAUGCAUUUCUCAGCCAUAUUUCUGUAGAGUUAUGAAUGAAUUAAGAAUUUGUUAGAAUGAAUAAAUAUUCAAUAAGAAGAUUUUCAAUAUCUUGCUUCCCUUCAUUAGAUAGUGUUUCCGGCUGGGUCAAGAAGGGAAGUUCGUUGUAGUA